GAAGUGGUAAGCAUUUAUAACCUAAAUCUGACAUAUUUAAAGUAUAACAAUAAAAGGUUUUUCUUGGAAUAAAGAAAAAAAAAUACUUAUUGAAUGCUCGCCUUUUUUGUUGUUGUUUCGAUUACUUGUUUUCAUUAAUGGAGAGAUUUUAUGCGUAGGUUUUGUAGGUUGUGUGGUUAGUGUUUCAAAACUUCGAAAAUUUUCGAAUUAAUAUUGCAUUGCGACAAUAUAUAAGUGUGAUUGGUUUCUUGCGAAAAUUACCUGGAGUGGUUUUUUUUAAAUGACUUUUGAAUAAUAUACAUAUGUGGCGGUAUGUGUUUAGCAUAUGGAAAAUGGUUUUAUCAUAUGCUGGAUGGGUAAUUGUUUAGUCGGGAGUUAGCCAAAGAAAAAUUAGAUGUAAAAAUUCAUUACUAAAAAUGGUUUUAUAUUUCACAAAAGCUCCCCCCCCCCCCCCCCCCCCUGCAGCGACGGGAGGCCGGCCGGCAUGGACGUGGGCGUGGUGCGCGUGGCGGACGACCAGGACUUCGCCAAGCUGAAGCAGCUGGUGGACAUCCACGCCGGCUGGAAGCUGGAGUACAACAAGGGGGCCGCGAAGGUGUGGACCAAGCCCGUGGCGGGCACCCACUUCAAGAUGAUCAAGAUCCGGAGCUUGUUCCCGGACGUGUCCCCGAUCCAGAUGUACGACGUGCUGCACGAUCCGGAGUACAGGAAGGUGUGGGACCAGCACAUGAUCGAGUCUCAUGACAUCGGUUGCCUUAACCCGAACAACGAUAUCGGCUACUACGCAAUGUCGUGCCCCGCGCCGCUGAAGAACCGCGACUUCGUGCUGCAGAGGUCGUGGCUGGACACCGGCCAGGAGCAGUACAUCAUAAACCACUCCGUGUACCACCGGGACUUCCCGCCGCGCCGGGGGCUCAUCCGCGCCACCUCCUUCCUCACGGGCUUCCUGGUGCGGUCGGCGGGCGAAGGCGGCUGCGACCUGGGCUACGUGUCCCAGACCGACCCCCAGGGGACGCUGCCCCCCUGGAUCGUCAACAGGAUCACGCAGAUAUUUGCCCCUAAAAUGGUGAAGAAGUUGCUGAAGGCGUCCCGGGGAUACCCGGGCUGGAAGCAGCAGAACAACCCGAACUGGAAGCCGUGGCACUUCCCGGAGCAGAUAACCAUGCCCAGGAUUUCUGUCCAGGACUGUGUGAAGUCGGCGGCAGAGAAAUCCGUCCACUACGCAGACGAGACGGGCAUAGACGACAGCAGCGUCGUCACGUACUUGAACGACGCAGACGACAGUGACUGAUCACUGGCGCUUGUUUUUGUUAACCUUCAGACUCGUGACCGUUCCGUGUAGCUAGCUACCCCUGUUUGCUGGUGUUGACUGUGCUGGGUGGGUUGGGGUUAUCUCCUGUCCGUGAGAGAGUUUGUGAGAUGUGAUUUACACAUCUGAUCAAGACCAGAAACAAUUCUGACAGGUAUCAUGAAAAAAAAAAAAUAAUAAUUAAAUAAUGCUUCACGAUUGGUUACUUUAGCUGCCUUGUAACCUGUUAGAUAAGCAUACUGGUGAAUUAUUUUUUAUUGUUCAUUUCAUUAAAAUCUGUUUAGUGUUAAAGGUUCUGCAUGUAUCUAUAUGUAUUUUUUUUUUUGUGAAAUUUCACUUAACAAUUUUUUUUUGAAAUUUCUAGGGGGGAAAUUUUUAGUUGGUUACUUUUCAUGAUAUCUGUUUGGUCAGUACAGAUUUUUUUUUUUUUGUAUUCAGGUGAAGAAAUUGUAGAAAAUUAGUAUUUUAUCUUCUUAGUUUAACAUUGUGCGUUAGUACAAUGUGUGGUGUUGACGUAUGCUGGUCAUUGUGUUUUUAUUGUGCUGUGAUAUGCUACAAAAAAAGUGUAUGUGAUAAAACUCUGUGAAAACAGACAGUCCAAAGCUUACGUUUUAAAUGUGUUUACUUAAAAAAAAACCGAAAUCUAACAGUGUGCUGGCAUAAUGUUUGCUUGAAAAAAUAGACGUAUUUGGAUUUUAGGCUGAUACUACGAAUAAUCUAUUACAAAGUUUUAUACUUGCAAACAAAUAGAUUGGUUUGAAGUUACUAUCAAAAUUAUUUUUACUGUCCCCUGAAGCAUGGUCAUGGAUCCUUGGGGGGAGGGGGGGGGGAUCCUUGGGGAAGGGGGAGCACUGGGGCCCGCUUGCACUUGAAAAAUCAUAACUGCGAAAGGGAGUUGAUAAAUGUAAACAUCAAAACUAUGUUUAAUGGGAAACUUUCUGUAUAUAUUGAAGUUUUCCUGCUUAUUGUUUGUAUGAAGGUCAUUCAAUAAGUAAUGAGACAAAUCAAUGUGGAUCAAAAACGGUUUAUUUAAUCAAAAUUAAAUUUUAGCUAUUUUUCAACAUAAUCCACCCCCAACCCUUAUACACUUGCCCCGUCCUUUCCUUAAGUUGCAUGUGUCUCUGGCAUAAAAUUCCUUUGGCUGCUUUCGGAGCCACAUUUGCACCUGAAUCUUGACUUCUUCGUUGGAGCUGAAGUUUUUGUCGCGUAGAGCUUCCUUAAGGGGACACUUAACAUAUGAAAGUCUGAAGGGGCGCGAUAUGGACUGUAAGGAGGGUGUGGAAGAAUCUUCCAGCCCAGUUUUUGAAUGCACACUUGCGUUAUCUGUGCUGUAUGCGGCCGUGCAUUGUCGUGAAACAAUAUCACACCUGUUUUCAAAAGUCUACGACAAUUAGUAUGAAAUGCGGGCUUUAAUUUGUUUUCCAGCAUAGCAGUGUAAUAUUGACUGUUGAUUGUUCAUUGGUCUUCGAGAAAAUCAGAUAAAAUAGGUGCUUGCAAGUCACAGAAAAGUGUAAGCAUCACUUCACCACAGCAGAUGGCUAGGUCUUUAAUUUUUUUCAUGUUAGAGAACUUGUGUGUUUCCACUCAAGGUAUUGUCGGUUUGACUCAGGCUCGUAAUAGUGAAUUCAUGUCUCAUCGUCUGUUUCAGUUCUUUCAGAAAAAAUCAUCUUUCUCAGUGGAACAUCGAGCUUUCAACUGUUUACUGAUAUGAAGCCUCGUUUCUUAGUGGGCGUCCGUAAGUUGUCUCGGAACACAUCUCGUGCAGGUUUUCUUGUAUUGCAGUUUAUUUUGAAUGCUGUUGUGGACAGUUCCAACACUUGCAGACACUUUUGCAGCUAUAAUUUCGACGGUGAUUCUUCUGUUGUCACGGAUUAUCACGUCAAUGCGAGAUUCAAAGGAGGAAUUGGUAACUUCGACUGGUAUGCCACUUCGCUGCUCAUCACCAAUACUUUUGCAGGCACUUUUAAAUUGUUCUACCCACUUAAAUGUCCGAACGGUUUAAACAAUUGUUCCCAUAUGCUUUUAACAUCCUUGCAUGGACAUCGUCACUACCUUUAACAUCUUCCGCUACUAAAAAUCUAAUCACGGCAUGUGGUUCUUCCGUGGUGCAAUUCUCAAUCAGACUUGAAAUCUUUGAAAUGACUGAUUUAUAGGUUAUGUUUACCAAAUCGUAUCGAACAGCUGAUCGGAAAUCAUUGAAAGGAUGCCAACUUAAACUUUUGAAAGGUUCACAUUUAUUAAAUAAACUGUUUUUAGCUAAAUUGAUUUUUCUCGUUACUUAUUGAAUGACCCUCGAAUAUAGGCCAAAAUAUGGGCAGUAUACAACGUACAAAGCACCCUAUACAUAGAUGACUCGUGUCGGUUAAGAAUCGCCUGCAAAAUUCCUUUCCCCCCGCUCCCCCAACCCUACCCCUUGUGAUUUUCCGCGGGCCUCCCCCUUGCAAGUCCUACAGAUUUGUUAUUUGUGCCCCUGCCCUGAAGUAAUUGCUGACAAUUUACCUACCAGAGUGUCUUCAGGUUCCAAAAGUCUCAAAAAAAAGUAACAAAAUCUGAAAGACUGGUCACGAAUGUUGCAGUACAGGAACGCUGCUAGAAGUCACAAAACUUCAAUUUAUAGCAGACCUUUUUAAAAUUGCAUUUUGGUUUAUUGAUGCCUCACUUGAGUUAAUGGUUGCACUAUGAACAUAAAAAGUUGACGGAGACGCUUGCACUGUAGACUGAUAUUAAGACUUUUUUAGGGAUUAAAGACUACCCGGGCACACAUUCAUUAUGCGGAGCUUAAAAAAAAAAUUACGCAAUUUAAAAACUGUUCAAGAUGUCAAAAGUGGUGUAUGUUUAUAAAAAAAAAGCAUUUAAAACGUGCUGAGGGCGAACAAGUUGUUCUUUUCAAGUAUUUCUUUUACAAGCUGUAUUUUCAGAAGAGUUAAAAUGGCUUGAACAUGUGUUUUUAAUGGAAUUUUCAGGCAUGAAACAUCUGGUGAAAGCUCUUGAGAGCAGUCGCGGGUGUUGCAUUACACAUUGAGCUUCGUUUCUCGGCCAUAUAAUUUUUUUUGGUUACUGCUGAAAUCUCGUAGUCGCCGUACGCACGACAAGGGGACUCGCGCCAGUCCACAGCAGUGCCUUUAGAGGAGACGCAGCACCAGAAGCACCAAUGAGCAUCGCACUUAUCAUCCUGGCUCACUUUCACAAACACACCCCUGACCUGACCAGAUCCCUUCAGGGAUUGGAGGUUUAGUGCUUGCCUGGGAUUAACUGGUUUCAUCACGUAAGGAGAACAGUAUCUCGGCUUCUUAAGUGCGCCGUCUGCCAGGGCACACUUAUGGUACUCAGUGCUUCAAGGAAAUACAACGCGAUUUGAAAACUGCUCAAGCUAUCCGAGUGGGGUCUGUUUUCGAAAAGCAUCUAAGAAUUCGCUGAAGACCCGAAAAGUACUUUUAAUUUUGGAUUAAGUUUUUAAACUGUAUUUUUAGGAGAGUUAAAAUGGCUAAAUAAGCUUGUUUUCAGAGUAAUCUUUACGCGUAAGAUAACUGUUACAGAUUCUUGAAAGCACUUAAGGGCCUUGCAUUGUACAUUUACCUCCAUUUCUAUGCCAUAUAAUGUUACAGUCCCGCUCAAGUCUUAACAGUUGUCCUAUGGAAUGACAAGAAGAUUGUGCACUAGUUCAGAGCCUUGCGCUUAGAGGCGAUUACCGCGCUGGAAGCACCAGAGAGCAUCACUAACACACAUACACCCAGACUAGAGGGGCCCCUUAACGGCUGGAGGUGCAACUUUUUGCUUUAAAAAUACUAAUUCCUUCGUCAUUUAUUAAUACAUUUAUUCACUCAUUCACGCGUAGCAUGCCCGCCUGCUCUUGCGAAAGCACGAAUGUGAGAUGGGUUUGAUGUCAAAACUAUAUGUUUAGUGAAAACAUUUUUUUUUUUUUUUAAAGUUUUCUGCUUAUUACAGGCGUGUAGGCCGAAAUAUGGGAAUUAUACAACGUGCGACCACUUCGUUCAGAGAUGUCUUGUGUUGGUUAACCCCACGCAUGGAGACCCUCUUGCAAACCCUACAGAUUUGUGCCCGUCAGCCAGUACCGAGCGUUCGAACGAGCCUAGUUGAAAGCCUCGUCAUCGCGGAGGUCGUCGGCAGCCGACGAAGGGGCGGGACUAUGAGGGGGAGGGGGGAGAUCUUUGACGAAAUGUUUCGAGCGAGGCCAGGUUAACGUGGAGUACCUUGAGAAAAACCCAAAGGGCGCAAGGCAUCGACUGCCCAUGUUUGCCAAAUUGUGAAAAAAAGUACGGGAUGUGUCCCGACAAGGAAAUUGACCCCUUCACCACGUUUAGGGGUUAUAAGCGAUCUGACUGGUCGACCACUCUGCCCCAGGAAUAAAAACAAAAAUUUAGUAAGAACAAAGACUGAUCAGUAAAGACAAGAUUUUAAUUAUUUUAUUUUGAAGACAAUUUCGUGUUUUAAAACGUGUUAUUUCGGUGUCAUUGCUAGAGACAAAUUUUUAUGGUUUUAUUUUUAGUCCAUUAUUUUAAAAAACAAGAUUUUGGUGUUAUUGUUUUUUUUUUUUGUAUGAAUUCUGUUUUGUAAUACUUAUUCCACCAAAAUAGUGUGAUGUUCAUAUGCUGCAUUUUAGUAAUAAAAAAAUAAUGUGUAAUCAAUUUACUUUGAAUAGAUACAUUCAGAAGAAUAAAAAUAAAUCGGCAAGUAUUUGUUAUUUAAAAGUGAUUCAACAAGAGCUGCACGAUCAAAGAAAUAACUUAAAUAUUUUGUCUGGUCCGUGCCCUUUGGUAUAGAUUUCGUCCGGAAAUUAUGACAUUUUUUGAAUUUCAAACAUGAAAAGUUUUUUAUUUGUGAUUUUAAUAAAGUUUUGGAUAAAUGCUGUUUAUUUACAUGAUAUAACUAGCAUUUUGGUGCUAGUUUAUGGUGUUUUAACUUUUAUUUCAGUGUUAGUAUAUGGCGUAUAAAUAUUCUUUUCAGUGUUAUUUCGGUUUUAUCACAAUUCAACAUAUAUAUUCUAUCUAGUUAAUGUUUUUAUUUUUAUAAAUUUGUUUUAUCUGUAAAGAUAGUAUUUCAUUUGAAGAAAAACUACGUUCAGAUAUUUCUUAAUAUUAAUUUCACCAAAAUUGUGCCACAUUGAUUGAUAUGUAAUGCCCUCAUGCAGUAAAAUAAUUUGUAAUAACCAUGUCUAGAGCAGAACUAUUUGGAAUAAGAAUAAAUCAAGUGUUUGUGUGUGUGAAAAAUGGUACCGACAUAAGGAAUGUAAAAAAAUGAGUUACUAUGUAGUGAGAGAUGUAAGCUCAAAGAAAACAAAUUAUUUUUUUUUUUUCCAAUCCUUUUAAAUUAUAUAUGUAUUUUGGUACAAACUUCUUGCUGAAUCCAUUUUGUGAUUUUAGUUUGUUUUUUUUGUUCUAAUGCUGAUUAAUGUGAUGAUUUCAGUUUCAUUUCGGUGCUUCUCGAUGUAUUAACUUGCAUUUUGCUGUUAUUUUGGUUUUAUCCCAAUAUAAUCUUGUCAUUACUGAUGAGGACUCUGGAUCUCUUCAAAGUAGUUUUCAGUGUAUAUUUUCAAAACCCUAUAAGAUGUUUUUCAUUUGAUAACACUUCAGUAUUAAGUAUUUUCAUAAUUAAUUACUGUAAUAAAGGUUUUUUCAGUUACAUUGUAAACACUUAUUGUAAAAAAAUUAUUUACCAAGUGUUAUUUGGUUGAUUGCUUACUUUGUACUUAUCCAUCAACACUAAAUAUGAUUUUUUUUUCUUUUUAUAUAUAAAUAUAUAUAAUUUGCAGUAAAUUGUAGGUUGUGUACCUAAGUAGGGUUUUUUUCAGUUGAUAAUACUUCUUAUUAUAUCAGCUUAGCUUGGUAACAUAUGCACAUUCAUAUAAAGAUUGCAUUGUAUGUAGAUGUACCUUGUGUUGCAAAAAUUUCACUUAAGCCUGUGCAGGUUCUGGUAAAUUUUAGAGCGGAUGGCAGCACAUUGUUUCAUAUCACAGACAUUUAUACUUUAUUAAUUUCCUUUUUCACGUACGUAUUUAUCUGAUUUAUAUAUGUUUGUUGUUCAAUGGGAAUGUUUGUAUUAUGGGUUUCUUGUAGUUUAAUGUAGAUUAUGUGUAAAUAUUUAUCAUUACAGUAAUCUUGUUCUAGGUUAAAAGCCCUGUUUGUAUUUCAAAAAUUCAAAGUGUUGAUGGGUUGAACCGAAUUUAUGCCGGUGAAUCUUCCAUUAAGAAUCAGAAUGGAAGUAUCAGAAUUUUCAAAUAUUUUAGUACAUACCAUAUCUACUCAAUCAUAGAAUUAUUUAUAUAACCUUGAGUAUAUAAUAUGAUACCUAGUAUGUUAAGAUGUUAACACUCUUUCAAUAUGUUAAAGAUAAUACAUGUUGGUCUACAGUAGUUUCUCUGUUUCAAUUACAGAUGUAUAGCUGUUGCAACAUUUUGAAUGAAAAUAGUGUUUUUUUUUUUUUUUAUCUAAGGUGUAUCAUUAGGUUUCCUUGUAAAUAACUGGAUACAUUUUCAUUAAUACAUAAGUAUCUCUGAAUUUAUAGUAGGUUCAGAAACUCUCAAGUAUACUAAAAAAAAUUGAGAAUUUUCUGAAUGUGAGAGUUUAUUUAGUACAAUUAAUGAAUUGGGAAUAGAAUCGUGUUUGAAGAAUACAAAACUGAUUCACUGCUAUUUGAAAGUACAUAUGACUAUUCGAAGUGCCUGCCUGUGUUCAUUUCAUUGUUAUCAUGUCACUUGGUGGAACAUUUGUGAUUAUAACGGAUACCCGGGAAUGUUAGAAGGAGUGUUAUUUAAAUUUUUUCCUGCACAGUUGCUUAGUUUUCGGUGUACCAUUAAAAGGUCUCUUGUAAUAUGUUCUGUAACACUUUCCCCGCAUUUUGUUAAUCAGUAAGUUUGCGCAAAUUUAUUCAUUCCAUAAUUAAUUUUGUUAAUUAUUUGCUUUUGCGAUUUUUCUGCAGUUAUUGUUGGUCCCACUUUUAUUUUCACGCAGUAGAAUUAUAAUUACGUAAUAGAGACAAGAUUUUACUCCACUAAAAUAGUGAUAAAAUUUCUUUGCAGCAUUUUUACCAUAAAAUAAUGUAAUAAAUUGGUCUAAAACAGAUAAAUUCAGAACAACAAAAAUAAAUUGGCGAGCAUUUUUGGUUUAAAAGUAAUCCAAAAAUAGAUGCGCGAUAAAACAAAUUAAAUGAAAUUUUCUCAUCCAUGCACUUUGGUACUUCAAUUUUUUGUCGGUAAAAAAAAAAUGCAUCCUUGAAUUUCAAUUAUUAAAUUUUUUAAAUGCUACUUAAUUCCAUGAUAUAACUUGUAUUUCCGAGCUAUAUGGUGUAUUAACUUUCAUUUCGAUGUAAUGAGAUGUUUUUCGCAUGCUUUUUGGUGUUAUUUCAGUUUUGUCACAGUUCACCGUAUAAUCAUGUCCCUAAUGAUUAUAUGUUAUGCCAGGGUGAAGUUCAAGUGUGUAACGUCCUGAGUAACUGUGCGGGCUUUGGUGUGUUUCCACCGCCACUUCCGGUUACUUCUCGCUGGCUACGGGCUCGAGAAAUUUGUGCGUGCUGAUCUCCGAGUUGCGAAAUUGGCGUGCGCCUCUGCAGGAACGCACGUGUGCAAAGUCUGACUGGCCUCGGAGUAGUCGCAACCUUCAAUUGUUUUGAAUCACAAAAUAGGAUCCCAUGCAUAAGCAAAUAUGGAGAUGAAUGCACCGCAAAUGUACGUUGUGCGUCGUUCGUCAAUGUCGGGAAAUGUUCUGCGAGCCCUGGAGAAUAUUGCGUCGAAACCUGGGUAGUGCUGAUAAAUUUGGCUGGAUUUUAUUAUUUAGCCUUUGAACAUGUUGAUAGCUCCAGAUUACAGUGAAAUCUCAGAUGAAAAAAACUUUCAUUUUUAAUCCUUAAUAAUAAAAGUACUUUUGUGUCUAUUUUGAAACGUUGUAGGGAUUUGAAAGCCAGAAUUACUUUGAAAUGAAGUACUUUGUAAUGAGAUUUCACUGUAUUCGAGUCUGCAUCAUCAGAUUUUGGUUGUAGUUGUUCGUAGAUUAUUAUUUAUGAAAAUCUGUACUUCAUUUCCAUUUUUUUCCCACAAUUAGUUGCUAGGUUAAUGCUGGUUUAAUGUUUUGGUGUGAUUUUCUUUUCUGUCAAAAAUUCAGACUUUAAAUUAAUACAAGACCAAAGGACAACCAUAGAUUUAGCAUAUUCUUAGAGUUUAAUUUUACUUAGUGUGUUACAUGACCUAGCAUUCAAAAAGUAUUUUGUGCAGGUUUACAUUUGUGUUUUUCUAGAAUCCAUUUCCACAGUUGUAUCUUUGACUCUGGAUUUCAGUGUGACAGUUCCAUAAAUGUUUAUUUUUAUUAUUAUUAUUUUUUAGGUAAAUAUGCUUGAAAACUUGUGGUGUUUUUUUUAUUAUUAUUUAGCUUUGUAACAGUGCUUUAUGGUAGCAAAAUGGUUGUGGUAUUCAACUAAUUAAGCUGCAUUUCAUGUACCAAAGAUAGUGUAUUGAACAGUUUUUUUGGGCUAUUCUACUUGUAUUACUUGUUACGACUGGCACUAUAUAAUUUUUCUUGUUUUCUCAAGGUGGAAUUUUUCAUGUAAAUAAUGAGAUAAUGGAAUUUUUUUUUUGUGUUUCUGGUAAGUGUUUGUUAUCAACUAGUCUCAGGCGGCACAGUUAUGGUAAAAAUAUCAAUAUUAUCAUAACUAGUUUCUUGUGGGGCUUGUGGUGAAAAUAUAUAGUUGUGUGAAUGUUGCAUUGUGUGCAGUUUUUAAUGUUGACCCGUGGAAAUGUGAAUGUCUUGAAAAAGUCUCAAAAUAAACAUCUGUGCUGUAAGUCAUGAAACUUAAAUUUCCAUCAGCGUUUUGCUACUUCAAAUUUUAUUUUUUUGACUUCUCGCUUCAUUUAAUGGUCCCACAUAAAUAUAAAAAGUUGGAGACUUUCAAGUACUUCGGGUGGAAAUUAUUUCCUUGGCACGUGCCUGCGAAUAGAAAAUUGAAUAUGUAUUACAUGUUUGUAUCUUUAAUUUUCCUAAUUAGAUUUUGUGUUGAUAAUAAAGAUCCUGGAAUUGUUUCACCAGGUAUUUGUAGACAUCCUGUAGUUUUGUAGAUAGUUCUGUAUAAUUUAUUAUUUGGUGAAGAUUGCUAUUAAAUUGAUUCUACGGUCAAUAUGUUAUAAAUGACAAAAGAUUAAUACAUUCAUUGUAGUUCAAAAUCAUUUUACAGAUUUAUAUGUCUCACUCUAAUUUGGUGUUUGGUUGCUUUUGACUCAAAUUUUGUUGGUUUAAGAGUACUUUGCAGAUAUUAUUCACUUUUUGUAAUUUUUGUUGAGUGGUUUUUAUCAAGUGAAUGGGAAAUUUUAGCUGGUCAGAAAAAGUAUUUAAAAGUGUUUAAUUUUAAUAUUUUAAACUUGCUUGAAAAGGUUAUGUUCCUAGUUGGAUGGCAGUGAAAAGAACUGUUUUUUUUUAAAUAUCAUUUGUCAACUUGAGUAAAUAGCCUAUAUGAUUGUGUUUUUUAGCAAAUAUUUAGUGCUGUACACCAUAUAUUAUUACCAUAAAUGGAUUCCUAAGAACCAAGUGUUCAACAGCUUUAAUUAAGUUUACAAAAUUGAGAUUUUGUGGAAUUCAUUACCAAUGCUGUUUUUGGACUAAUCAAUUUUGUGCCAUAUCUUCACUGUUUUAUGCCUAGAAAUCCCAAAGAUGUUCAUGGUUUCAAGAUCCCUAGAAUUUUUCACUUUUGCACCAAACAUUUGUUGCAUUCGAGCUACUUUUGAACGUGUAUGAAUUCUUGCUGAGUUUUUAUUUCAGUAAAGAAGCAGUUGAAAGAAGUAACUAUACAGUAGGGCCGCGACGUCUUGGCGUGUCGUUUUGCGGGGAAGCGGGGAAGAGUAAAUGAGAGGGGAAGCAGCUGCGCGCGCACAUCAGCCGCUAUGCGGUUCAUAGCAAAAACAUCAGGCGCCACGCUCAAAGUCUGAAGUGAUCAAUGGAGCCCGACGCAGGACAUUCAAGAUACAAUAAAGUAAUACAUAGUGGGGAGAGGGGAAUUAUUAGUAGUGUAAUCAAGUGUUGUGAUGAAGCUGCCAACAAAUGUCUGCUAGUACCUCUUGCAAAAGCAACCGAAAGAGCUGCGCGAUACACAGAUAUAAGCCAAAGAUCAGUUUCGCGCAUCCGAAAACACAACAGAGAGACGCCAAAUAAAAAACAAACAACAACAUUAUAAGUAUUUAAACGCAUUCCCCGUAAUUUCACCCGCGGUUUGUUUGUUUUGCAUUUGGCAAUUUUCCAAACUUUCUGCACCGCUUGUUAGAAUAUUUGUUAGCUACAAGUGUAGCCAAUAUUGCUACACAUUAUAUUGCAUUAUAUUACAUGAUAUUAUAUUACGCUAUAUUACAUUACAUACAUUAUACAAACACAUACAUUAUAUAUUGCAUUAUAUAUUUUAUUAUAUAUAUGAUUUUAUGAUAUAUAUUAAUGUAUAUUAUAUUAAUAUAUUAUUUAUUUACAAUUUAUGUGUUUAUAUUUACAUAUAUGUAACACUCCUUUAUUUGACCGUGAAACAGCCUCUCGUGUUUAAUUAUUCAUUUCAAGCCAAAAAAAAAUGGGAAACGUUUGUUGUCAGUUGAUGACUUUGAUAGAAGUGCGAUCAGAGACACUAGCCACAAAUUAUAUGCAGUAAAAAAAGUGGUUUCCACAACAAGGAAAUUACUGCCAGUUUUGAAAGAAAAAAUCGAAUGGAGUUGGGGAAUGACAUCGCUGCGUUAAAUACUCAAAUAAAUGGGUUUUGUGUGGAGAAGAAGCCAAAAUAAGCGAAUACUUCUUCUCGAAAGAUCUGAUGUUGUUGCUUGGCGAUCACGGUACCUGACUCAGAUGAAACAGUGCAGGGAGGCUGGGAAGAAGAUAUUUUACAUGGAUGGAUCCUGGGUUGACACUAAUUUAACCUUUCAGAAAUAUUGGCAAAAGAAAGGUGACUUUGAAGGUGUAAUGGCAACAGGAAAUGCACAGACUGAUAGUUGUAAGCGUUGGUUCUAGGCAGGGCUUACUUCCCGGAGCCUCUCUUGUUUAUAAAGCAAGCACAACAACAGGAAACUAUAAAAUACGCGAGGAUGGUUUGUUAUAAAUAUGGUUUUCGGCCCGCUCGAAAUGACUAAAAUGGUUCUUUUAGAGUGCUGUUAUGGAAAAAAUACCAACCCGUGUGCAUAAAAGUGGUAAGGUUCUUGAAGUGCGUGAAAGUGUCAUGUCGAUCGUCUUCACAUUUCAGCCAAACCAAAUGGAAAAGAAAGCAUCAGCGAGGGAGUUACAUGCAAGUCUUAAUUAAUUGUAUUUCCUACAGCAACCUACAAUUACAAAUUUAGUUCUUAACUUUAAAGAAUUGUAUAGCUAUGUUUAACUAUGUUUAACUAAGCUGCCCAGUCGAGAAAAUGGUGCACUACCUUUAAAUAAUAAAUUACCGUAAAGCAUUAUCGCAUCUUUGUAUCAUUAAGAUCUGCGCUGUGUUGCACCGUACGUGGGAUUGUUCUCGACUAAUGUUUUCGGAACGCCAUGAAGACUUCCAGGCCGUUGCUAUCUGCGGAGCAGGCAAGGCGGGACGUGUCGAUUACAAGGUCGCUGAGCUCUAGGGAGUCCACCCGCCAAGACGUCGCGGCCCUACAGUACUUUUCUUGACACGUCAUUGAGUGGAAAAUGUUUUAGGACAGAAUAUGUGUUGGUCAUAAUUUUGUGUUGCAGUUAACGGGAAUGGCCUGUCAAGUUUGUUCCAAAAUCUUCGGAUGACCUGGAACGCUUUAUACAUAAUGUUUCAAAAUUCAUAAGUCACAGUAAGAAUGAAUGCUCUUAACUCAGGCGGUGAAGCACUGGGGGGUGCUCAUAAGGGGUGCAACAACUAAAUUUCCAAAGGGGGGCAUUAUACCUAUUUAUAAAGAAUCAUCGAUCCCCCCUAUUGAAGUGGGGGGUCCGGGGGUCCUCCCCCGGAAAAAUUUGUAUUUCAAGGUGGAAAAUGGUGCAAUUUAAGCAGUUUUAUUAUCUAAAAAUUGAUUACACAGCACUUCUUUGCCCCCGUUUGCCCCCACUUCAAGGUCUCAGAGAGGGGGGGGGGGGGGUCAAAUUACCCUUGCUCCCCCCCCCCCCCUGUUGUUGCACCCCUGGUGCUCAUGAAAGCACAGUUGACUGCAACCUGUCUUUUUUUGCUGUGGAUCUCCGAGAUGGACACACGCGUCAACCUAGAAAAGAUAGACAUGCAUCACAAGUACGGGUGUACAUUUUGCUGGGCCACUUAACUUCUGCGGCAGGUACCUUGAUAUUUUGGAGAGGGGUCUCGUUUUUACACCAACCUGGCUUUCACGGACAUUGUCUGAAGUAGCUUGGCUUCUGUUUUGUAGCCGUGUCCUUGGCGAAUAAUUCACCGACGUUUCGGUCGACAUUGCAGUCGCCAUCAUCAGGGAGCAGUAACCUACUGAGAAGGUCUGAAUUAUUUGCCAAGGACACGGCUACAACCCAGAAGCCAAGCUACUUCAUAACACCUUUUGACAGGUUUCAGUAUUCCUACACUUCAAGUGUAAUGUUGAUAAAUUUUAAUGGUGUAAAUGAUAAAAAAAAAAUUGACUUGAAUUUGAAGUUUAUGUAUGUGUGAAAGGUGCAUUGGAAUUGUUUUGAGAUGCACAUAGUACUUACAGAUUUGGUGCAUGCUUUGUUCGUAACGAACGUGAGCACAAGUUAACCAAAGUGCUUCAGGAUAAAUGUUGUUCCUAUUUUCUUGAAUUUUUCUGAACAAAACAUUUGUGCAUUUAUUUUACAAUAUCAUGUGAUGAUGACUUGUUAGUGAAAUAUGUGAAAAGCAUUUAUUUAGUAUCUGGUGUUCUAUCCGUAGCAAUAAGAUAAUGACAAUAGUCUAUGCGUUGUUAUCAAAAUGUUAUGCAUUUCAUCUGUAAUGACUUUUUGAUGUAUAUUUAAUGGGAAGUGCCGUAGAGUAAAAUUGUUUCAGGAGAAAUGUGGUGGUUGUUAUUUUUAAUGAUUAUAUUUUCUUUUGUUUUUAUGUAGCUUGCAGGAUAUGCAUAUGUAUGUAACUUAUUUUAAAAUGGUUUAUUACGUGCUAUAAUGAAGAUUAAUUUUAGACUAUUCUAUCUACUAGUUGCAUUACAUACUAUACCUAGAGUAAGAAAUAUUUUAUCUGUUAGUUUCUGUACCAUGGCAUUUUUUGUCGGUAUAUCGGUCAACAUCGUUUUAAGCAGCACACGCGCUCAUUUUGCUUGGCUCGGACUGUUCCUUCAGUCACAAUUAGCUGCCAAACGGGUUGUCAUAUGUGUAAAGUAGUGGUACAUAUUGUUAAAAUGAAGAAGAAGGUAUUAUCAUUGUGGUUUCUUAGUGACAGGUUAGUUUAACUUUUGAUAAGUUUCUGGGUUCAUAAUAAAAAAUUUAAUGAGAAAUGAUUAUGGUGAAUUUAUCAUCUGUUACCAGAUUUGCUUCAGGAUUUCAUAAUGUAAAGUAACAAGAUUUUUUGUGCCAGUACGAAAAAUAUACUAUUGAGAAAAAAAAUGGAACACACGUGUUAAAAAGUUGAUAGCUUUCGAGGAGCAUUUAGGUGUUUGUGCUUGAGUAAAUACGUGUAUAUUUGUGUAGAUAGAAUUAGGUGCAGUGAAUUUUAAAAUUUAUUCUUAAUAAUUUUCACCAUUCUGACUAUAAUUACAUGUGUAAAAAAAAAAGUAAACGUAUUCAUAAAAUCAGUACACGUACUCUCAAAAGAUACAACCAUCAACAUUGUCGCCUUGUAGACUGAUCGCACCUUCAGAAAAGCAAUCCAGGUCCGAUGCCAAAGCUAGGCGAUAGCAAAAAAUUUCCGAGACAAACAAGCCAACCUGUUCCGAUCAAGUGUGCGACCUUCUAUUUGAAAGCAUUCAUUCAUAUGAUUGUCGACUGGUUCGAACCGAGCUGAUCCGAGCUGAACAAGUGUGCGUCCUUCUUUUACGGGAAUACCUAAGGAAAAAUUAAUAUAUAGUACAAUGAUAUUCAAAACAAUUUGUAGAAAGGAAAAAAAUGUUCACAAACACUGAGUGAUUAAAGACGCCAGUGUCGCAGUGGGACGACUUGAUGAUCAAGAUAAACAAACGCCAGAAUCCACUCGAAAAAAAAUCCAAACGAGAGAGGCUCGAUGGAUGCUGGGAUACAGAACGAGCCGAGCUGAAGAAUGCUGACAGUUCUUGGAAUGCGAAUGAGCUAUUUGUUCUCACUGGAUGAUGGUGUGCGAGAAUUAAAGCUGCCAAAGUUAGGACGAAAACGUAUCAAUUUUUUUCAUUACGGGUAUUAAGCGUGUAGUAAAUCCAUGAAACCAGUGUCGGUUGAAUUGUUAAAUAGUUGUUACCAUUCAUCUAUGAGACUUGGUUUAGAAACUCUGCAAGAAACGUAAGUAACGCAAGUUACAAAAAGUGAUACAACAAUAUUUUCAAAGAGCCGUUUAUAAACUACUUACGGCUCAAAAACACAACACAAGCAUCUGCUAACUUUCAACCGUUCAACUGCUUACAUUUCCACCGUCCAUAUUUGAAAUUAAAUUUUCUGAAAACUUUCUAGUUCACAGUCAUUAUGUGCAUAGGAAAAUACAAUUUCUUUUUAUGUAAAUUAAGUUUUCACAUGUACAUAAAAAUUUUGCACAGUGACAGAAAAUAACACUCUUAAAUCAUAUUAUUGACAGUUUCAUAUGGUCUCAUGAUAAAACAUAAAUUAUCAAAAAAAAAAAAGGGAAGAAUUUUUUUUCUCUUUUUUACAAUUUCUAGUUGUAAGGUUGGUGUCAUCUUGCUACACUCUUGCUUUAUAGACUGAUGAUUUACUUGCAUUGAUUGUAUUUUUUGCAUACCUGGCGUAGUUUAUUAACCCAGCCUUACAGAUAAAUUAUGCUACUCAACAUGAAGUACAUCUUAUAUCUACAGGUUAAUUUUUCUAGAGGUACCAAUGAUUUAAAUUGGAUUGUAUGUUAGAAUCGAUGGUGUCUUAGAUUCGAGGUAGAAUGGCAUUAUGUGGGAUAAUUUUUUUAUUGGAUACUUCGCAAUAGGGUUUUACGUAGACUGAAAAUAAUUGCUUGUUUAAGAAAUUAUUACUUCAGUUAAAUUAUUUCUUCUGUGCUGGUGUCCAAUAUUUUAGGUUUGAGGUUGUGCAAAGAUUAAAUAAUAUUAUAAUUAUGUACACAGCAGGUUUCAGUAGAUAUGUUAAACAUGUCACUAUUGAUUUUACAAUUGUUUUAAAAUUAAAUUCUAUAAAUUUGAAAAUUUAGUUUAAUUCUUUGUUCUUAUUGAAAUGUACAAGCAUUAUAUUAGCUUUGUAAUGUGGGACCUCUUGGUACCUAUAUUAUUAUUCUUUCAAAAUAAAGCUUAUUUACAUGUCUUGAUCAUAGAGACGAGAUGUUUGUAAGAAUUGAGAGAUAAAUUCAUUAGCAAUUUGGAUUUAGAAUUGUCUCAUUUAUGUUGAUUAUAGGUUACCUUAUUAAUAAAUCAACUUUAUGGUGAGAUAUUUUCUAAUGGUUUAUAAGUUAUUUACAUUUGCAUAUCUUUUUUCUGUUUUUAUAACUUUGUUUUAUAAACCCUACGAUGUUAUUUUACUUUUUGAUGACAUAUUAUUUCAAAUAUACCAGGUAUGUUUACCUGUUUGAAACUUUAAACUUAAUUAUAAAUGAUAUGUGUAUAUCAACUGUAAUUCAGUAUGAAUUAAAAUUACUUUGUCUCCAUAAUAAAUAUAUUUUUGUAUUCUGCUUAUGUUAUUACAAUAGAUUCUGUAUAGUCAUCUUGUUAUUGUAAGUAAAUUUGUAGAUGUAAUAUACAUAUAUACAUAGCCUCUGUUUGUGUAGUAAUAAAGGAAAUGUUAAACAGGUUCCAAAAUUUAAUUUUUUUUUACCCUUUCAUUAUUUUACAGUAAAACUUUGUUGAGAAAAUCCUCAAAAUACUUAGAAAUUUAGACUUUUUAAAAUGGAAAUUUUAUUAAAAGGGUAAAAUUUAUGUUUUUAUUUGUCCAGUGCUAGAUUAUUAAAUUUAUUAUGCAAGAAAUUUUAUCAAGGGGAUUUUCAUAAGACCGAUUCACUCACUAUAUUUGAAUGUACAGUUUACUUUGUGAACUGAAGGAAUAAAACCAAUAUUUACAUUGCCUUUU